GCCCCCCCCCCUCUCUCUCUCUCUACCCCUCGCCCCACCCUUUCCGCCCCGCACCGGUCGUGGAGGAGCCCCACACCAUGGUCGCCGAUGUGCUGAUCGGCAUCCCGUAUGAGCGGGUCGCCGGUGUCCCCAAGUACCAGGCCGACCCGGCCAAGCGUCAGCCGCUCCCGCGCCGUCUCCUCGCGCGCCUGGCACAGGCGCACCACACGCGCAUUGGCGGGCCGCCGCUCUUCUUGCAGAAGGCCCUCGCUCCGACGCUCGACCAGCUGGCCUGCCCGCUGUGCACCGCCACCAUGACCUUCCUGCUGCAGGUGUACUCGCCGAUCGAUGACGAGCACCACCGCCUGCUCCAUGUGUUCGCGUGCCUGGGUGCCGGUUGCCAGAAGGCCGCCUCGCCCGGUGCCUGGCGGGUUUUCCGUUCGCAGAUCCCGCUCGCCGACUUCCGGCUCCCGGCUGAAGCGACCCCGACGCCCCUGGCCGCCAAGCCCCGUGCGGCGCCCCUCUUUGCGAUGGACGACGACUGGGGCGUCGGCGACAAGGAUGCCUGGGGCGCUGCCGGCGACACUGGCUCCCCUGGCGCCGCCGACAAGGACGCCUGGGGCGUCGGUGACACGGAUGCCUGGGGCACUGCCGGCAACAAGGAUGCUUGGGGUGGUAGCAAUGACGCCGCCCCUGCCCCCACCAACAACAAGAAUGCCUGGGCCACAGACAACAGCAAGGUCACCGGCUGGCCGGCGGGAGCCGCGGCCAGUCUGGCACCCGGCGCGUCGGGCCUCGAGGCCUUCGUGUCGCUGGACCACCCAUACGUCACCCAGUGCCACAUCCUCGACGGGGUCGCCGAGCAGCAGACCGGCCUCCUGGACAGCUCGGAUGAUGAGGCCGACGCACUUCCCCCCGGCCGUGCCCUGGGGAGCUUGACCAAGCACGAGCAGGAGCUCCUGCGUCAGUAUGAGGCGGAGCACGGCUCCAUCGACAAGCUCCUGGCCUCGGUGGAGAAGAAGGCUGCCAAGAGUGCGGCCGCCGCCACCGCCGCCGCCGCCGCAGCCCCGCCGGGGCCCGACACCGCCGGCGACGAGAAGGGCUCGAUCACCGAGGCCCAGGCCUCCUGGGUCGGUGAGCAAUAUGAGGUCCAAUCCUUCCGCGGGGUGGAUGACUCUCUGGUCCGGUUCCAGGCCGCGGUGGCCGCCUACCCCGGGCAGUCGAUCCGCUACUCCAACGGCAUUGACGGCCGGCCACUGGCCUUCUCCGACGAUCCGGCCCUGUCACCGGCCUCCGGCAGCGAGCAGUCCCCCCGGUGUGCCAACUGCGGCGGUGUGUCGGUCUUCGAAGUGCAGCUCAUGCCGGCCCUCAUCAGCCAGCUGGACCUGUGUGGCAAUCGCCUGCUCACGCCCACCGACGCGGCAGCCGCGCAACAGGCAGCUGCUGCGCCUGGCCAGGCCCCUGGGGGGCCGCUGCCUGCCGCCUUGGCCGAGGCGCUGGGCAUUGCGACCACCUCUUCCGGGGGCGGGGCCCCGGCGCGCCCCAAGCAGCAACAGCAGCAGCAGCAGCAGCAGCUCCUGGACUUUGGCACGGUGUUGGUUUACAGCUGCCUCGACAACUGCGAUCCCUCCCUGACGCACGACAUGCCGACCCACUCGCUCGCAGGGCCGGCGGUGCUGGUGCACCCGGACCUGUACUAG